AUGUCCUCCGGCGCCUCCGCCCGGCUGGCCUGCCACGACUACCGGCUCACCUGCGUUGCCGGCGCUCAGCCGGCGCGCGCCACGCUCUCGCUCGACGGCGCCGCCACCGCCGCCACCACGGGCCUCGCUCGCGUGUUGGCCCGCCGCCGCCGCCCGUCGCAGGCCUCUGCUGAUGGCGACUGCCACGGCGCGCCGCUGCUGCUUGGUGCGGCGGCACCCGGCGGGCCGUGCCGCGCGGGCGACUCGUUCGUCGCGCCGCAAUGCACGGCGGCCGACCUGCUGCCGCCGCCGCCAGAGCCGCCCCCGCAGGCGUCGGCUGCUGGUGCGGCGCCGGUGGAUGUGCUGCUCGCGACGUGCGACAACGCCGGCCACGGCCUCUUCGCCCUCCUGGAGCGCGUCGUCAACCAGGUCCUCCUCGCGCGCCGGCUCCGGAUGGAGGUGUACGUCUUUGUCGGCCCAGUCGUGCUCGCCGGGCCGGGCUGCCCGCUCCUCUCGCAGCCAUACUUUGACCGGAGGCAUGGCGACAACGUGUGGGAGUACUUCUUCCGGCAGCCCGGCGCGUACCGCCGCGGCGAUCGCUCGGUGGGGGGCCGGCCCGUCCGCUCCCUCCAGGUGGUGAGCCCGGAGUCGCUCUACUCACCGGCGCAAUCGGCCGGCGGCUUCACGCAGGCGUACGGCCCCAGAAGCAGAAGACGGCUGCCCAUAUCUCCCCAUAUCUCCCCAUAUCUCCCCAUAUCUCCCCAUAUCUCCCGCCCCGAGGCGUACGACGCGUCGCCUUCCUUUGACCCGCGCGCGCGCGGCGAGCGGCGGCGAGCGGCGGCGUCGGUGCUCGCCAACGGGUCGCUGGUGCGGCCGAAGCUGCUGAAGCACGCGUGGCGGCUGUUUGCGCCGUGGCGCCGCGCGAGCUCGCACGUGCUCGGCCUGCGCGACCCGCAGGGCGGCCAGCAGUGUCGUGGCGCGAACGGCGCCUCUUCACAGCCGGAGGCCGCCUACUUGCGCCGUGUCGUCGCGAGGUACGGAGAGUGGGAGGGCGGCGGCGGCGAGCUCCCCUCGCGGCCGGCAUGCGCGGGUGGGCGGGCGGCGGGCGGCGGCGUGUGCGGUGGGCGGGCGCUCUUCCAGCAGGGCGGCGGGAUGGGGCAUGCCCAGGCCGCGUGCGUGACCUGUCUGAGGCUUGUCCAGAAGUCUGGAAGCGAUGCACUCCUCGACUCCCUGCUCCUCUCGCACUGCGACUACCUGCUGCACGCGGCCUCCGCCCUCUCCGAGGCCGCCAUCUGGUUCGCGCCCCGACUCCACGAUGCCUCCCUCAACCUGCAGUACACCGACCGGCUCCGCUCGCAGAGGCUGCCGCCGUGGGCAGCCGCCGUCGGCGCCGACGACGCCGCGCCCUUCUGCGACGCGCUCGCGCGCGGCUGCGAGGUCGACGCGGCGGCACGGUCGGCCCGCGGACAGCCGCUUCUCCGGCGAGGGCAGUGCGCCGCCUGCGACGCGUGGGUCGGGAGGCGCGCGCGGCGGACGGCGCGCGCGUCGCGGCGGGUGGCGGCGGGCUCGUGCGCCGGCGCGGGGCUCCGCCCGCUCACCGAGGCAGAGUGCGUCGCCUAUGCGCGGGCGGGCGGGCUGACGCACCUCGGCUCGAGCAGCGAGCCUUCCGAGCCGAGGGGCUGUGCGCUGUGGCGAGGAGCGACGACCGAGUUCAACCGCGCGCCGGCCGGCGGUGGCGCGCCGGCGCCCGGCUGCGAGACGCUGAGGGGGGCGGAGGGCGAGUGCGUGUGCGCGCCGCCGACGGGAUCUUGACACCCAAAGUUGGCAAGUAACCUGUCGACUGAAAAGUUAAAGUACAUCA